CGUGAUCGGAGUUGGAAUAGUGACUGGCGAUCUGUGUCUCGAGCCAGGGCCAGGCGUAACAGCUUCUUCGGUUCUAGUCGUUCCUUAAUCACGCGCGGACACGGAAUCACACUUUGGUCGGCUGGCUGAACAAGAAGCGUUUUCGAGAGCAACAUAUUCCGUAUCGUGAGCCGUCCGUUCUUCCCCGGCCGUUAUCGCGAGCGCGCCGUUACACGCCUCUCUCGUCCUAUCUCUCUCCAUCGCUGUCGUCUAUCUCUCGUUCUAUCUCUCUCCGACCCUUCCGUCGAGAGAGCACACCGUUGUCCGUUGAAUUUUCGGUUAUUCCAUUUGAAUCGUUCCCCCGUCGUACGUGUAAUUGACUGUCGGGCGAAGGUCUGUUCGGUUUCGCGAGGUCGCCCACAGACACGACACGACAGUGAAAAUGCGGUAGUGACAACAGUGUGGUUACCUUCCGAGAUAGACUGGGGGGAACAAGGGUACUGUCCCUUGGUUGGUUUACGUUUGUAGGCGCGAGGACGCCACGAGUUCACGUCGCGACGGAGGAGAAAAUUAUAGUGACACGGGGGAAAGAAAUAUAUUUUGGGAGAGGCUCGUCGUAGCCAGGUCGGUAGUUAUGACGAGAUCGUGUGUUCGAGGACCAGGAAUUUACGCGCAUGUGUCCAGUGGGAUUUAGUGCCGGCGACAAAGCAUUCUUUCCAGAUCUGGAUACCUUGCUCUCGACACCUACGGGACCUGGAUUAUCUCAUGUCAGGAUGGCGCUGGCGCGACUUGCGGUGAGCGACUGUGCGCCUCAAACGUCGCGGGUCAGCUCGAACUUGCACAGCAGCAGUAGUAUGGCAGUAAGCCGUGUACCAAGCCCUCCACCACCGGAAGUGAACACCCCUGUGGCCGAGAAUUGGUGUUACACGCAGGUGAAGGUGGUUAAGUUCAGCUACAUGUGGACGAUAAAUAACUUCAGCUUCUGCCGGGAGGAAAUGGGAGAAGUGCUGAAGUCGUCCACCUUCUCAGCAGGGGCCAACGAUAAAUUGAAAUGGUGCCUAAGAGUGAAUCCUAAGGGUCUGGACGAGGAGAGCAAAGACUACCUGUCUCUGUAUCUCCUUCUCGUCUCGUGCAACAAAUCCGAAGUCAGAGCAAAGUUCAAAUUUUCUAUCCUUAAUGCCAAAAGAGAAGAAACCAAAGCAAUGGAGAGCCAACGUGCUUACAGGUUCGUCCAAGGUAAAGAUUGGGGCUUCAAGAAGUUCAUUAGGAGAGACUUUCUGUUGGACGAGGCCAACGGACUGUUGCCCGACGAUAAACUCACGAUAUUCUGUGAGGUAUAUACCUUUGUCAGCGUGGUGGCGGACAGCGUGAACAUUUCCGGGCAGAGCAACACUAUACAAUUUAAGGUGCCGGAGUGCCGGCUGCCCGACGACCUCGGGCUACUAUUUGAAAACCAAAAAUUCAGCGACGUCACGCUCACGGUCUGCGGGAGGGAGUUUCAGGCGCACAAAGCCAUACUCGCAGCACGAAGUCCGGUUUUCUCGGCGAUGUUCGAGCACGAGAUGGAGGAAAGGAAACAGAACCGUGUCGACAUCACCGACGUAGACCACGAGGUGCUGCGUGAAAUGCUCCGGUUCAUAUACACGGGCAAGGCGGCGAAUCUGGAGAAGAUGGCGGACGAUCUCUUAGCAGCGGCGGAUAAAUACGCGUUAGAGAGGCUGAAGGUAAUGUGCGAGGAAGCGCUUUGCACGAGUUUAGCCAUUGAGAACGCAGCCGACAUCCUCAUUCUUGCUGAUCUUCAUAGCGCUGAUCAACUAAAGGCGCAAGCCAUAGACUUCAUUAAUACACACGCGACGGAUGUGAUGGACACGGCGGGUUUUAAAUCUAUGGUGAACUCCCAUCCGCACCUGAUAGCGGAAGCGUUUCGAGCGUUGGCGACCCAACAAAUUCCACCGAUCGGUCCGCCCAGGAAACGAGUAAAACAGAGCUGAAAACAAUCACCGUUGACACCGGGCACGACCUCCACAUCGCCCCCGCCUAUUCUGCAUCCCUCAUGAACUUUUUUGUGUACAGUGAUACAAGUAGUGUUCUAAAUAAAUGUUUCCUAGUGCGCCAAAUCCUCUGGUCCACUCGCAAAAAGGAGAACUUGGCGGCGAAAAUAAACAAAAAGAGGCUGUCUCGCGUUGUUGUGUGGCCGGCACCUGGCUCGUGCACGGUCAGCCCCGAGGAUGCGCGGGACACGCGAGAGAGUAGCCGGAGGGAGGAGGAGAGAGACUUUGUUGUAAUUCAGUGAGUCGUCGACGUUGAAGAAAACUGUCUAUCACAGAACCCCCGAAGUGGAGAGACGAACAACAAGAACAACAACACGAGCGUUUGAGUAACACAUACACGCGAUGGAGAAACAGAGAAGCCGUAAAUUGAGUGUAACCAACGAUAAUAAUACGUUCGUCCCCUUAGACCCUCACCCCCGGGGUUGGACAGCAGCUGGAGGAGAGGACAUGAUUGUGGUACUCUUUUUUGCAUUGUGCGUCGUCAGCGUUUUCGUGCGUGAGAAACACAUGUGUUUUUAUCAUCCGUCGUCAACCUUGAAUGGCCACUUAAAUGUCAGCGAUUUGUCAAUGCGCAUCGUUUAAGGUCUUGCGUGGAAUAUUUGCUUUCGUUUCGACCAACCGAGGAUAGCUGGAGGCUCGAACCACAUCCGUAUUCGAAAGAUAUAAAAGCAGCCAGAGGACCAAGGCGAGAUUGAAACUCGCUGAAAUUGCUACCACACUUACACACAUACAUAUAGUUACACGUGAAUAUACACACAUACAUAAGAACAUAUACACGGACAAUUACACAUACCACACAAUGAACACAAUGCACGAAGGAAGUUGUGAUAGACGUCGGCCAGACGAUUAAACAUUUUGUUCCUUUGUCGAAGAAAAAAAAAAAGAAAAACGGAUCACACGAUGUCCCACGCAUGUUCGUCACGCAACGAACAAAAAGAACGUUAGAUACUAUUGUUUAUUACCGAUAGUGAUUUUUAGUUUAAUGGAAAAAAAAAACAGACGGAAAUGAACGUGAAACUCUUCCAGAACGGAGAAAAUGAAUUCUAGUUAGGGUUUUUUUAUGAUCUCUUUCUCUCAACAUGUACGACUACUACUAUGAUUACUAUUAACGCUACGCAAUCUGUGCCCCCCCCCCCCGUAUUUUUGUAUAUUCUUUUGUCUGCAAAUACUGGCCCCUGUACCCCCAUCCUUAAUGCUGGAUCCUUAAAAUCUGUGAACGCCGUCGGUUACCAGCCCACCGCGAAAACAUAUUUUUCAGUGGGACCACUGCAAGGACAGGGUGAAAAACGUCGUGAAAAAAAUUCAUU